AUGGUAGAAUUGAUCUCUAGUGAAGCACAGAUAACAAGAGAUCAUAUCACUUCAGAUGGGGACCGAACCCGUCUCAUGAUUGAAUCCGAAUCUACUCAACGCCAUCUAGAAAAAACACGCAAUCGGAUGCUCAGCACUUUGUGGUUCCCCGAGACGAACCAACGAGAGAAUAACAUUACAGAGUCCUCAGACGAUAUCGUAGAUAUGAUAUUCCCAAACUCCGAAUUUUCAGAUUGGCUUCAAUCGGACGGCUCGGUAUUUUGGAUCAGUGGUAAACCCGGAAGUGGUAAAAGCAUUCUUAUGAAAUAUUUAAUCCACGACACCCAUACCAUGGAAUUUCUUCGCCGUUGGAAACCCUCAGUUCAGGUAUUUCGAUUUUAUUUUUACGAGAUAGGGCUGAAUAAUUUGCAGCGGCAACUCGCGGGCUGUGUACGCACCCUUCUACACCAGAUUAUUGACAAAAAUCCUAAUGUUUUCGAGGUUCUAUUGCGAUCCCAACCAGAGAUACGAAUGAAAAUGUCAGCGUAUGAUUGGAACCUCCGUGAACUUUUUGAUGCAUUAUCCACAUGCCUUCGGUGUGAAGUUUCGGUCUCUUGCCUAUUUCUCGAUGGCCUGGACGAAAUACAAACUGACGGGAGACAAAACAUUGUAAAAAUUGUGGAGUUCCUAAAAGACAUUACAAAUGUCAAGAUAUGUGUGGCGAGCCGCCCAGAGAUUAUGUUCAGGCAACACUUAAGUCAUUACCCAACUCUCAGAGUGCAAGAUCUCACAAACAAUGCGAUCCAUUCCUACGCUAGGACGUCUCUACAAGAAUAUAGGAAUUCGGACAGGUACAUGUCUCUAUUUGAGACGCCAGAAGAACGCUAUCAACGUUUCCUAGAGGAAUUCGUAGCGAUGUCGAAUGGGGUAUUCCUAUGGGCAGCGUUAGCACUUAGAAGCGUUGUGGGGGGUAUAGAGAACGGAGAUUCAUUAAUCCUAUUAAACCAGCGAAUUUACGAAUUUGCACCCAAUCUCAAUGAGUUGUACGAACAAAUGUGGAAAAAACAGAAUGAAGACUCACAGGUGUAUAAAAAGCAAGCUUCUGAGAUAUUCUGGUACAUAUCACAGAGCGAGCAUGAUAACACGGUAUUAUGCCAUCUGCUAGCAACUAAUCAAGAACUACGGAGAGAGUUACAGCAAAUCAUCCUCACAAGGAGUACAGGCCUCUUAGAAAUAGUCAAACGCGAUAGUGCGCGCCCCGAUACAACAACUUACACCAAAGGAUUCAGGGCGCAGGUUCAGUUCAUACACCGAUCCGUUCGAGAAUUUCUCGAGGGCACGAAAAAUGGUCAACAGGUCAUGAAUCACGACCAGAGGUCUCCUGAGGCAAGGGAUCUCGCAUAUGUUAGCGCUCAAAUGGAUGCCGCAUACGUCUUCGCUGCCGAGGGAUGGAAAGUAGCAAAAGUACCACUGACACCGUGGAUUUGGGGUAUCGAUCCGAUGGAGUGGUACACAAGAGCAAUGAAUUGGAUGGAUCAUCUACGACUAAAUGGCAUAGGCGAGAAACAAUAUCAGGAAUGGAUGGCAUCAAAUAUAAAAGAGAGCAUGAGCCAAAACGUCCUCGUUGCCAGUGCUGGUGCAGGCGAUGCGGCCGUUCUCAAUCGGGUUCAUCAACAGGAGGAAGCAUUUGAGCGCAUUCCCUCGCAACAAAAGGCUGCAAUCCUUGUACAUUGUUGCGGAAAGUUCUUUGUCCUUAUGUCUGUGACGGAUAAUGGCAUUAGCAGUGUUACUCUCGACUAUUUCGAAAUGUUUGGGUUCAACAGCUUGUGGCGGUAUGUUGAUUGCAUUAAGUGGUUACUUGAAAACGGCGCCGACCCCCAUAUGAUCCUUAAGCCUGGGGCCGCCACGUCUUUGGAGUUCACUGUUUGGCUUCCAAUAUCGCUUCUCGACUUUUCAGCCUUUCGAUUGUUUUCCUCCCUCGCUAUUUUUAGUACUAUGCACAUUUUCUCCGACAUGCCAAUGCGGUUGGACUGGUGGUCUUGGCCGUCAGCGCAGGAAUUCAUAGUAAUUAUUCAGCGGGUUAUCAAAAUAUUUGGCAAGCUUAAGAACGGUGACCUGCGGGAUCAUGUAACCCUCAAGAUCCGACCUAGAUCUAGCGUAAUGCCACAAGUUCGCUUCUCGACAAAUAUUACCCAGAACUCCGAAUUCAUCAAUCGAAUUACGCAUGCCGAUAACCCCGCUGACGCCCGAGCCAUCCGCGAUCGCUAUGCUGAAACCAACUUCAUUGAAAUCCAUGCAAUAAAAUUCAAAGGGUCCGGCUGGCAGCGACUUGCGACAAACAAUGAGAUCGGGAAGAUUACUAGUUUGAAAGUUGCUUUCGCUGCGGCCUUAUUUGAACCGGAUUAUGUUACUGAAGAUAAAAUCGGUUCUGAGCUUGAGGAUGCUCUUGAAGCGAUUGCCCUAGAGGAGCCCGAUACAUCUGACUCUGAUAUGUCCGACGCCGAUUCGUCCAUGUCAAAUUAACCAUUUAUAUCUUCGGUAAAAUUAAAGGUCGCGUAGGCUUCAAGAUCUGCUCGAAUAUUUUAGUAUUUAUCUGGCCUCACUGUGUUCUGGAUA